CGCUGCGGUGCGGCGCGGCUAGGUAGGUAGGUGGACCGUGGAUGGAGGGCGCGGAGCGAGGUAACUUCCAUUGCAAUUAACGGACGGAGCGUGGGAGCUCGAGCUUCACACGCUGUCGCUGCUGCAAACAGGGCGUGCGGGAAGGGCAUUGGAGGCGGAGGAGCGGGUAGGCACACGCGGGUGAGACGAGAGCGCGAGGCAAGCUGAGCAGGAGCGGAGAAUGGCUGGCUGGCUGGCUCGGGGCUGGCGGUACAGGAUUGCUGGGGCGGUGGUGCUAGUGGGGUUACAUACCUAUGGAUGCUAUGGUACGUCUUACAUAGGUGUGCGUGGGGAGGGAGGGGAGCUUGUGCUGCUUGCUUGCGCGGUGACUAGACUAGGUACUUGCUGCUGCUGCUGUUGCCGCUGUUGCUGGGACAUGGCAGUACAUGGCAUGGCAGAUGGCAGAUGGCAGGGCGGUACAGUACAACUACUGGGACAUAUUGACAUGACACAGCGGACAGGAAGAAGCCGAUGCUGCUAGCUUGAUUGCGCGCGUGCGUGCUGCGGUGGUGCCGUGGUGGUGCUGCCGU